AUGCAUUACCUCGACCCGCACAAUGCCUCGUUUGCCGCCGCAAUCGUUGACGAGCCAGCUCCUCACCAGCUAGGCAUAAUGAAGGGCCGCGAGGCUCUAGAAAUUCUGCAGAAGCAGGCAGCAGCACCGGAUAUUUUGACUGAAGAAUUUCAAGUUCCUGGGAGAUGCGGGCCAACCAGUGUGACGGUAGUCAGGCCCAAGUCCCUGGUAAGGAAACCGAUUCCUAUGGUCUUUUACACUCAUGGUGGCGGCUGGAUACUGGGCAGCCCAGCGUCCUUUGCGCCUCUAUUAGAAGACUUAGCUCGACGAACCGGAGCUGCGGUAGUGUUCCCAUAUUAUACGCCCGCACCGGAAAAGAAGUUUCCUUUUCAGUUCGAACAGACUUACGAAGUUCUCGACUACGUGAUCCGCCACGGACGCGAGCGUAACCUGCUGGUCGGGUCAAUCGCCCUCGCCGGAGACAGUGUCGGAGCUCACAUGGCCAUCGCCAUGAUACAAAUGGCUUUGGAGCGAAGUCUCCCGGCUGAGAUCGCCCACGUAGUCCUCUUCUACCCUGUCACAGAUACGCACAGGAAAUUGAAAUCCUACGAGACAUUCAAAGACGGACCAUUCCUGCUGGCGGAUACGAUGGAUUGGAUGAUCCAUACAUUUAUACCUGAGAAGGAGGACAGAGAGACGCCACUGGCAUCCCCACUGUCCUUCCUCUCGGACGACAUUUUGUCCCGGUUCCCACCGACUACUAUCUUCCUCUCAGCUGUUGACCCGCUCCGUGAUGAAGGAUUAGUAUUUGGCGAGAGGCUUCAGAAAGCAGGGGUGGACGCAGCUGUGAUGACGGCCGAAGGCCAGAUGCACGCUUUCGUACUUCUGAAAGGCAUCCGGGAGUCGCCUACUGCCCGAGCGGUAAUGGAUUUGAGCGCCUUGAGAUUACGUGCAGCUCUUUUCUCCCCGCCAUGA